ACGAAAUUACGUUACUAUUUGCGCUUUCAGCGUGAGGAAUGUUUUGGGGAUGUAAUUCAGUUGGCUGUGACCGAGUAAAGAAGAUGGCUGUCAUUAGGGAAUCGCAAUUUAAAGGAACAGUUCCUACGCUGUCACUUAAUAGUCCAACAAGAUCAUGUGCAGCUGAAGAUUUCGACCCACUACAUGAUGAACUCCAUAACAUCCAGAGUAUGAUUCGUCUCACGAGGGAGAAUAUUGAUGCUCUGAUAGAGAAGUUUGCAGCUUUCCAGCAUCCGCCGGACAUUUACAUCACUGAAUACCAGGAACUUACAUGUAAACUUCACGAGUUUGAGGUGAAAGAACAGGAAUUAAUAGAGCUAAUUGGUAACGGACGCGAAAGCCCUCAAGACACGUGUGAACGUCAUUCUCAUGAUCAAAGCAGUGAAGGUGACAUUUCACCAAAACUGGUACCCAGGUCGCCACUUAAAUCUUUGGUGCGAGCUCAUCUCCCGAAUAAACAACGGACUAGUGUUCAAGUAAGGCCAGGGCAAAGUGUGAGGGAAGCUUUGGCGAAAGCUAUGAAAUUGCGUAAGCUUACGCCUGAGAUGUGUAUGGUGUAUAAAGGUCAGAGUAAGGUUAUAAUUCCAUGGGAAGCUGAUAUAUCGACUCUUGAAGGUGAGGAAAUAACUGUUGAAAUAUUGAACAAAGUUCCAAUUACAACAAGUAUUUCACAUAAUUUCGUGCGUAAGACGUUUUUUUCUCUCGCUUUUUGUGAGUGCUGUAAUCGACUUCUGUUUCAAGGGUUCUAUUGUCGAACCUGUGGUUAUCGCUUUCAUCAACGUUGUGCGACAGGCGUACCUGCUCUCUGUCAGCAAAUUCAAAAUGAUACGUAUUAUGAAAUGUUACUAGCACAAAAUCCAGUGAGUUCUGCUGGUAUCCUACAAAGUCCAGGGUUUGUAGCAGGAAGGUCAUCACCAUCACGGCCCCAGUCGAUACCACGAAGACAACCUCCAACAUUGGGCACAAGGGAGAGAUCAAGUUCAGCUCCAAAUGUCUGCUAUAAUCUAGUCACUCAUAUUGGUGAUACAACAUCAUUGGAGGAGUUUGCUAGUCCCAUUACAAAGUGUAACCCACUUCCACCAAGUCCUGGAGGAGGGGUGCUUGCAAUGUGUAGUCCCGGCAGCAGCCCAACAAAGCCGUCCCAUAGUCAGAGCGCACAAGCAUCUCCAACGAAUACACUGAGACCUUGGCGUCCACGUGCCCGCAGUGCGGAUGAAAGUGGUAACAAAGUUCGCACACCUCGUGAAUCAAUAGAAGACUGGGAAAUUCCAGCUGAUGAGAUUCUCAUUGGUCCUAGAAUUGGUUCAGGUUCCUUUGGGACUGUGUACAAAGGUCAUUGGCAUGGUCCAGUGGCUGUUAAAACUUUGAACGUUAAAGAUCCAACUCCAGCCCAGUUACAGGCAUUCAAGAAUGAGGUGGCUGUCUUGAGAAAGACACGGCAUGUUAACAUAUUGCUCUUCAUGGGAUGUGUAAGCAAGCCACAGUUGGCAAUCGUAACACAGUGGUGUGAGGGGUCAAGCCUUUACAAACAUCUGCAUGUGACAGAGACAAAGUUUGAACUUCUCAUGUUGAUAGAAAUAGGAAGGCAAACAGCACAGGGAGUGGAUUAUCUUCAUGCCAAGAACAUAAUACACAGAGAUUUAAAAAGCAACAAUAUUUUCCUUCACGAUGAUCUCACAGUAAAGAUUGGUGACUUUGGGCUGGCUACAGUAAAGACACGUUGGUCGGGUUCACAGCAGUUUCAGCAACCGUCUGGUUCAAUAUUGUGGAUGGCACCAGAAGUUAUUCGUAUGCAGGAGGGAAGUCCAUACAGCUUUCAGUCAGAUGUGUAUGCAUUUGGGGUAGUACUGUUUGAGUUGCUGGCGGGGCAGUUGCCGUAUGCUAAUAUAAAUAAAGACCAGAUCCUCUUCAUGGUGGGCCGGGGAAUUCUGCGUCCAGACCUUAACAGUCUGCGCUCAGAUACUCCAAAGGCCCUUCGACGCCUAUUAGAAGAUUGUCUAAAGCUAAAUCGUGAAGAACGCCCGCUGUUCCGCCAGAUUCUUGCCUCACUUGAAAGUUGUCUACAUUCGCUGCCCAAGAUACAUCGGUCAGCAUCUGAACCAACCUUAAAUCGAACCCAGCUUCAGUCAGAUGACUUUCUGUAUAUGUGUGCUUCACCCAAAACACCUAUUAAUUCGCAGUAUGGAGCAUUUCCCAUCUUUUCAGUUGGUGGUAUUAUAUAAAGCAUCCUCAGGUAUUGCUUAUAUUGUGUGCUUCAUGACUCAGUUUGUAUAUAAGAAACAGAAAAUAGUCUGAAUUCCUGCUUCGUUUAAGUAGCACACUGUACAAACAAGUCAUCUGAAUGUGUGGGGCACAAUGAAGAUGCUUUUAUAAUUUACUGCAGUUUUAAGAUGCCGUUUUAUCCUCUAUAUCAGUAUAUAGAGUUAUUUAUGUAAUUCACUAGCAGUUCACAUGACUUAAAAAGAAUGUACUUAAUAGAGUAAUUUGUAAUGUGUAAGAAAUUAUGGGACAACAGAACUGUUUAAAUGCAGCAAUCCAUGCCAGCUGUGAGGGUUGUAUUCCCCAGAGCACCACGAUUAACAUAAUCGAGGCUUUAUGGGAAGGGCAGUGAUGGUUAUUGUUAACAUUCAUCUGAAUGAAAGUUUCCCCUUUUUGACCAAACAUGGAAAUAUUCAAUAACAUUAGACAUUAUACCACAAUAAGAUGGUUAUCUGGAACCUAGAGACUUGGUUUUUGAUGCCAUUACAGCCUUACCUCCAAGCAGAUGUGGUUCUCUUGGCGCAGGAGCCACCUAUUGUUUCCGUAUGCACACAGAUGAAUGAGCCUGUAAAGCUUGCAGUUGUACCACAGAGUGCACAUUUUUGAUACAUAUGCCUCACACCUUGGAAGUUUAUGAUGGAGUGUAUAUAUACUUCAUAAAGUUAAAUGGUUUUUAUUUCAAUUACUGUUAUUAGUAUACUCAACAUUAUUUAUGUUAUUACCGUGGCCGCCUUAUGUCUGCAGUGACACAGGGCUCGCGCCUAUCACAUAAGUUUGUUUUCACUUCGCUGUCAUUGCUGGUUGCAGAAAGUUAAAAACUGAAUUUGAAGUUGUCUGUAAUGACACACCCUUCUUUUUUAUUUAUGUAUCCUACAUUUAAAGAUUCAUUAAAUUACAUUCACUGGCUCUCAGGUUGAGUCAUGUGGAUGGGCCAUUGGAUAGGCAGACAUACAAAUGAACAUGUCACUCACUAUAUGUAUUUUUUUCUAACACAUGUAAAGAGGGCACAGAGACCAUGGUAAGUUAGGGAUUGCUGUAUGAUGCCAGAAUGAGGGUUCAGUGCUGACAAGCACUGCCAUUUGUAUGCUACACCUGCUCACUCAUGUUUGGAUUCUGUCACUGAAUAUAUGACUUCUGGUACCGCAAUAUUAAAAUAAAAUUUAGUGUUUCAGGUAUAUUUCAUUUCUGUCUAGAUUUUCUUACUUUGUUAUAAGUUUUCAAGAAGUAUUUCUUUGACAUUUAUGUUUAAACAUAUCAGACAUUGCUUAUGAUAUCAGUAAUUCACUGUAUAGCUGAAAAUUGGGAAUUGAAACUUAUGCUGGGACUGUGACCGACUGAUUUCACAUGUAAACUAAUGGAUUGUGUCUAGUGAUUUGUGAGCACAGUGUCAGUUGUUCUUGUUAGUAUUGUAGCAGCCACCUUGCAUUGAAGGACACUUGGACUACAGUAUCACAGGAAGGCAUGUUGUAAUCUUAUAAUAAAAGGUUGCCAGUUUUCAGGGUGUAUGUAUGUAUGUAUGUAGUCUUGAGAUUGUGUUAGCAGAGGCAGUCAUACCAAAAUGUCUCCUGUGCACGAGGUCAGAGCAAUCUGAAAGUUGCCAGAGGAUGUAUUAUUACUGUUUCACUGGUGAUAAACAUAAAAAAGGUCUCUCCGCAAUGACACAGUGAAAAUUAUUACUCAGUUUUGUAAAAGGGCUUUCAUGCCAGAUGGAUAUUUUUAAUCAGUAGCAUAUUCAUUUCUGAACAAAAGUUGGAUAGUCUCUGAAAAUAUGAACUUUUUCUGGUUUUAACAUUCCCAUAUGAUGAAGAAAUGGCUAUUCAUACGUAAAACCAGUGCUUUUUUUUUUUAAGUCAUAUGCAUACUGGCAAACAAUGGUGUCUAUAGCAGCAGACUCACCAAAAGGAGCAUAUCUGUCAGCGCAUUGCAGAUGAAACUGGUACUGGCAAACAUGUUUUUAGAAAAGAGUGCUGCAUGUAAGUAUUUAAUGACUUGUCAUAAAACAAUAACACUGUAAAAUAACGGUAACCUUACUUUCAUAGUCACAGAUCAAUGUACGGGGCAUGGCUGUUUGUAACAUAGGCCACUAGGAAUGUCUGUUCUGAUAUUUGCACCUUGAAAGAAGCACUGUCAUUGGAAAAGAAGAAUCGUUUUCUGGCAUUAAUAUAUGAGAUGGUGUGGCUGUCCUUGUAUGUUAUUGCAAGUGGUUUGUGUUUAAAUGCAGACUGGAUUGAAUCCAGAAAUUUGCUUUAACAGGUGGUUUGAAGUUUCCUUGUGCACUCCAAGAUACUUCUGUAAUACAGAUUCAUUUAAAUCAUGAUUUGUAAUUCAGAUCCCAGGUAUUUACUGUCAUUUUUCAUUGUGAAAUUGUCCAACAAUUAAAGGUGUAUGAAUGUACAAAUAAAUUAAUGUAAGUGACAAGCUUUUACAUAUAUAUUUUUUGUGUGCUCUUUGCACAAAAUGCAUAAGACAAAUGGCAAUCUGGCUAUCUGUGAAUUUAAUCUCUGAAGCUGCUGAAUCGAUGUAAUGAAAUGUUAUAUUGGGAGUCCACACUGAACGUUGAAACACCACAGUCUCCUGCAAUAUACUUCCAUGUUACCUGGUAGAAAUCUGUCAGAAUUGUUGAGAAACAUGUCACUUCCAACUUUUGGUUUGAUGCAUAAACAAACUGAGUAAUGGAUAAUAAGCGGUUACCUUGCUUUUUGCUGGUUUCCUGCUUGGCUUACUCUUUGACCCCGAAAGUGGAAACAUUAAAUUUCUGCAAAAUGUCGGUUGGCUUUACCAAGCUGUACUGUGUUAUAACACAGAAGAUCAUCCUCUUCAAAGUCAUCAGUGAGAACCUCCAAUUCUACACAGAAAGUUACCAAAGACAUUUUAUUUGUGAGAUUAGAAGUUUUAGGAGUGACAGGAGUGCUGGGAUCUUUAACUGUGUAGUCUGGAAGAUGUUUGGCGUGCUUAUAUGAGACCAUGUGGAAUAACAUUUCAGAAGAUAAUACACUUAAAAUUUAAUUUUGGUUCUUCUUUGUCUGAUAGAACCACAUCUUCAUAUGUAGCUAAAAAUCAGCUGUAUCAAGGUCCUAAAAAUUGCCUACUCAUGUGGAAGAAAACAACACAUGGAGUAAUAAUGUAAAUGCCAUUGGAAGAUGUACAAAUUUUUGGUGUAUUCAUAGUGAAAAGUUGAAAAAACUUGCCUCUUAGCUUCUUCAUGUCUGUCUGUUCAUAUGUAGCAACUGAAGAACUGCUGAAAGGAUUUGCAUGAAAUGUAUGUUUUACUGAAAUUUCAUUGAUAUAAUUUUUGUCAAAAUUUGAUGAUGAUAAUGGAUGCUCUCCAGCAUGACCUACCUGCAUUUCCAUGUGCAUCUUGGGAGUAACCAGCUUGCAGCACUCUGAAUAUUUAUUUGGGUGAAAAAUGCUUUGAACAAAAGUUGUAAAGAAAAACAGAACAUAUUUUGUGUUGAAGUCUUGUAGUUUCUGAGGUAAAUAAAAGGAAGCAAACACCGUCCCAUGUUAUUGACAUAGUGAAUAUUUGACAAAGGAGAAGAUAAAGCAAUUGCAGACUGUGCGGCAUGAAGUCUAUAGUAUGAUUAGUUUUGCAAUAUGUAUUGUUUCUUAAAUAAUCAAGUGUCAGGUAUUCAGAAUAAUAAAGAUGCUUGGUGGAGCAUACAUUUUCAUUCUUGUUUUCAUCUUGUUUAUCUCAGUCGUGUUUGGGAUCUGAAGUAGAGAAAAAAGCAUUUUCAAGAAUUACAGAUUUAUUGUGUGAGGUUUUUAGCACACAGUGUUUGCUUUAAGAAUUGGCCAUAAUAAAUAAUCAGAAGUUUGAACUGCCAUCUGUUUUCUCUAAAAUCUCCUAGUGCAGUAUUCAGUAGAUUUCAGACACUGAAUAUGUGAAAUUAGUGAAGGUGAAGUACAGAUUCACAUUUAUACAUGGUGAGAAUGUGGGAUUCGUGUGCAUUAAAGGUGAUCUCAUUCCUUCAGCAUCCAUAUUCAUGACAUCUUGGUAACGGUUGGUUGUGCAAGGGAGACAGGUUAGAAGGUGACUGCUAGUAGCUGAGAAUACAAAUAAUUUUUUCCUGUCAUUUGUUAGUAGGUGCUGUGAAUCUAGACUGUUUCUUUAUAGGAAGUCAUCGUAUUGUGUACAUAACAUGGCUUGCAUCAUUCAUGGCAGUCUUCCCAUUAUGCUUCAACAAAUGUUGCAUUUCAGCCACCGAAAAAUGUUUGUGUCUUGAAAGUUCCUCGCUCUGUGACAGUCCAAACCUUAGCAUACACUGCUGGAAAUAUACAUAAUAUUAUGGGGCACAUUGUGAAAGCUUCUGGACUUCAAACUAGUUGAACAAUGUUAUCUUCAUGUAACUUUGCUGCUGUUGCUCAUGUUCUUUUAAGAGACAAACUAACCAUACUGGGAAAUCCAGUGCUUUCAAGGGAAAUUAAGAGAAGGUGUUUAUUUAAAAUCUAUUAGUGUAUCUUCUAUAGGCAUUUCAUUGUGAAUCAAUGUAUAUCUGCAUAUUUUCUAUCAGCAAGCAACUUAUCAUUAGCUUUGGCAACUCUUGAUGUUUACACAUUAUCUUUUAAGUGAACACUGUUUAUCAAAACUUAAAAAGUAGACAUUGUUUUAUAUAAUAAUCUAUUUUCAUGCCUAAUUUUCAGCAUGGUCAGUGCAGAUAUCUAGGCAUGGAGAUUUGUGGUACAAUGCUUAAAAUCAUCUUGUCAUGUCUGACAACAUUUUUGUUACUUAAUGUUUAAAAUAGGUUGUACUGCAUUGAAAGGGCUUGAUUUAGAAACAUUCAUACAUGAUUGUAAUAUUCAUGACUGAAAUUAUGUGUGAAAGUGUAUUAGUAUCCCAGGAUUAGAGUGGCAAGGUACUAGCUUAUGUGAAGCGAAGUUUGAAAAAUAUUUGCAAUCCAUUCAGUCUGUCUUCUACCUUUACAGUUUACAUUUGUAUCUGUUUGUGUCUGAAUUCUUCAUAAAUAUGAUCAGAAUGUGCCCCCAACUUACUGGAUAUCACAUUUCCAUUUGAUUGUAUUUGAGUUAUCCAUUCUUUGGCUAUUCGACUUUCAAAAUUUCGAGCACUGACAGCACCCUUCACACCAUACUUUUUGGCAGCAUUUCAGGUUUUCCUGUUUUUUAUUGUUCUUUAUCUCUUGAUUUUGCUUGGAAAGAAAAGGCAGCUGUCUCAUCAAUUUACAGCCUUUGACCUGGCACAAAAAUUCAAGCAUUCAGAGAACAUUUAACACAGGUAUGGUUAUCAUUGGUAUACUGAAGAAACAGAACAAAUUGGAAACAGAGGUUUACUGAAUAAGUUGUGCCCACAGUUACAUUGUUCAAAAGAUAAAUAAAAUUGUAAACUGAGUUUUAUUAUCUCUCUGAACCCUGAAAUUUGUCUAAUUAAAAAUUUAGUUCCUUUACACAUGGGUAUAUAAUAGUUUCUCAUGUCACACACACAAAUGUAAAUUGACUUUUUAAUGCUGUUUAAAAUUGUAUUUACAUUGUAAUAUUAAAUAUAUAAAUAGACAGACUGCUCAUUCUGAUGAAACAUGAGUUCAUAUAAUUACACAUUUUAUAACAUGACUGAAAUCAUUGCCAUUGCUAGUUUUUAAGGCCAAUACAAACCAGACAGGACAUAGCACUUAACUAGAAUAAAUACAUAUAUAGAAUCCUUCACACCGAAAUCCUUUAUCAUAAUAUUGCGCCAAGGGUUAUUUUAAGUGUCCAUAUCAGUUUCCUUCAGAUUGCUGUGAGCCAUUAAUGUUGCUUGUGUAUUUUACAAGUUGUAUGCAAAAACUAUAUACAUAACAGAGUUUUUCUGUUGGUAUUUCUGGGUUUCUGGAUAUUGUACCUCAUCAAAUAUGCCAAAGAGAACACAACGCUCAGUGAAACCUUUUAAAUGGACAUAACUGAGUAGGUCCCUCCACUUUUUCACACAAGGACAAAAGCUGAUGCAAUGCCCAAAACAUUGUGUUCCAUUCUGAACACUAGAUGAUGGACAGAAUCAGAAACCCAGUAAGCCUAGGUAUAAUGUACAAUUACCAGAAUAGUGAUUGAAAUAAAUGUUCUCAGAAAGUUCUCUCAUAAGAGCGUGUCCAAAACAUUGUGUUCCAUUCUGAACACUAGAUGAUGGACAGAAUCAGAAACUCAGUAAGCCUAGGUAUAAUGUACAAUUACCAGAAUAGUGAUUAAAAUAAAUGUUCUCAGAAUGUUCUCUCAUAAGACCAUACUGUUUGGAACACAAAAUGCCAAUUUUAUGGAGUGAGCCAAUGUAGCUUCAAAAUAAUAGUGAAAUAGUCAUUCUGACCAUGAAUGAAACAGAGCAUUUCCAACAGCAUGAGUUUUCUCAUACCAGAUGUAAAUGUCAUACAGCAACGUUUCUCAAACAUUCUGUGCUUGGUGCAUACAGAAACACUUUUUAAAAUGACUGGACACCAUGGACAAAAACAGUUCUUAAUCACACAAUUUUUAAUGCUUUUAUAAUACGAGUGAAUGGUGAUCAUCUUUGUAUGUCAUAUGUACAAGCUGCAUGAAAUGAUGCAAAGCAAAAAUGACACCUACAGAUAACAGUUUUCAAUGAGAAUACUGAAAAGUAUGGAUGAAAACUUAUGGUACCCUUGGCAAGGUGCUUUGGGUACAUCUGGGGUACCAGUACCACAGUUUGAGAAACAUUACCAUGCAGUAAAUGAUUAAUAUACGAAAAGGCAAGCUGUGUGACUAAUUAUAAGCAAGUCAUCUCCAACAUUCAUUUACUAAACCUUGUCUAAAUAUCUUGCUGCCAUAAUACUUUCAGCUGUUAGCUCUCGUAAUUUGAAGUUCAUUAAUACAAGCUUUAUUUCUCAGGGCUUAGCAGAGCAGCCUGUGGAUAAGGAGUAUACCAAAAUUCACAACAGAAUUUAUUUACAUUCCAUAGGCCUAAGUCAAGGGUGUGUAACGUGUAAUAAUACGAAUAUAGUACAUGUUUCCAA